CGGCUCCAGGUCUCAGCGCGCUCAUUUCGCCGUCUUCGUUCCUAACGCCGCAGAUGCCACCAAAAACCCGAAUGUCCGGUCCGUCCCAUGCAAGGGAACGCUGAUCCAUGUCGUUGGCGCACCUAUGGCCGGAUAUCAGCAUGAAUUCAAGAGGAACGGACUGCGGCCCAUCGCAGGAUCUAGAAAGCUUAGUCCAGAUCGGUUGGGUCAACUCGGACUAUGUAGUUGACCCUCUAACCGAGGCCUACUCCAAGGACGAUACUCCUAUCGGAAGGCUGGACGCUGAAGCUCUACGAAUCCCUGCACCGCGGCGGAGCGAGAACUUUAUGGCCCCUGUCAAUGAUACCACGAAUAGACGAUGUCAAGAGUGGACCAUGGACUUCAUCCGCCAUUUGGCAGGCCGAAACUAUAUCAAUCAUGAUGCCAUCGCCAUUGCGCAAGCUGAGAGAGAUCCGCCCACACAUGGAGUCGGGCUUCGCCCGGUCAGAUAAUCGGGUUUCCAAGCGGAUCCUUGACGGGGUGCGAUGAGGACUAGCACCCAAACCCAAUGUAUUUACUCCAGUUGCAGGUCUGUGGCCGGAUGAGCAUCAUGGGCGUCGCCACAUCCAGUACUCCGAAAAGGCUGUCCAUUCUUCCUUGCAGGGCGUCACGAUCGAGUCAGCCCAUUGGUCCUCAUGCCAUUCGUGAUUAUAGGGUCCGGCAAUGGUCAUUUUGCAGUACUCCCAGUACUCUGGAUACCAACCCGCCUGCUCCCAGUCUA